AUGCGGUUCCCGAUUCCAGCCUCUCUAACUGUACUCACGCUCCUAACAGGCAUCGUGACAGCAGAAAACAGUCAAUAUAAGGAGCUCCAAGAUGAGAUUUUUGCCACCAAAUCGGAUCUUUACCUUGAUAAAUUUCCUGAGAUAUACAGGCGUAGCCUCAAUACCAGAAGCUCCGCCAGGUCUGUUCGGUCAAACGAAUUGAAAGUGACAAUCACGGAUCCUGUCCCACAAACCAGUAAAACUAAAAUCGUGAUUGAGUCUAUCACGGAUUUUCUUAACCCCAAACUUCAAAAGCGACUCUCCAACAUCUCUAAUUACUUCAUAACUUCCAAUAGAGAGACCCUUAUUUAUUUCGAUAGAGAGUUAAAGGAAUGGAUGUUGCACAAAUUCAAAGAGAAGACAUCGGAUAUCGCACCCAAAGCCGGUGAUAAAAUAGCUCUUGCUAGGUGUUUGAGUACCGCCCACGGGGGAUCUGGCUAUGUGACUUCCCAGUUAGAUGUCAGUGUGUAUGCGGAAAGCACGUUCGCUUCUCCGAUCGAUGUGAUUCUGAUGGAUGCUGAAAACACAGUGAUUGCCUCCCUCAGUUUUGGUUUGAAUUUAGGUGGAGCCGCAGGUUUCACGGGCUCCAUAACAUGCAACGCUGUCGAGGGCCAAUUUGUCCAACCCUUUCUUUAUCCAUAUUUUUUUCAAGUCCCGCCAGGAAGACGGAUUAAAGUUCGUGUAGAUGAUGAUAAAGGUUUAGAAACCCAAGGCGAAUGGCAUGAUACGGCGCUGUUUCUGCGAGUUUUGGCCCGGGGCCUCUUGGAAUGUGCCGUGGGCAGUGACUCUUCCAUUUGCCAGUCAUCAAUUCCAGUUCUACCUGUCUAA